CUGCGUUGAAGCUCUUCCGUGACGUCGCCAAUCCACCAAACAUCUGUCUUCUCUUCACAUUGACACGCGAUCAUGCCCGCGUGGUCUUGAAGUUUAAUCCAGCACCCUCUCCGGGCUGCAUUCACGUCGCUCCUUACACCGAAUUCGCCAUGGUGUCCUUCUGGCCUUUCAAGUCAAACCGGGACGCUGCGUCCUUUGAGCGGACUCUUUCUGCACUUUCUGGAAAAAUCACGAGAGCGGCUGCGAGAAAUGACAAGCUGAAGCAGAGAUCGCGGCGCGUCCGUGUGAUGUGGACGCUCUACGCUGGCUUCGCCUACAUUCUUGCAGCGCUGCUGUUGACCUUGGUCACUGGAUGGAAAAACUGGACUGCUGUGGAGGUCUCCGUAGUUGCGGGCGGCCCAGUGCUUAUCUACCUCACCCGAACCUCACUGACCAGAUACUACGAUUACCGCAUCUCCAACACGGACGCGUACAUCAAAAGCCUUUCGAAGGAAAGGGAUGAAACCAUAGAGAGUCUCAAGGAAGCGACCAAGUACAACUCCACCCAGCAGCUGCUUGAGAAGUAUGGUUCUAUACCAAAAUCGAAGCAAGCCGCUGCGUCUUCCACCACUCGCCAAAAGUCUGAGGGCCCGCCAAAGCCCGCCCAACCUCCAGCACCACGAACCAAUCUUGCGCCCCCACCUACGGCAAAUAUACAGCCAGUCAAUCAUCAGAACCGGCCUUCUACUCCUCAGCGACCCACAUCAUCAUCGUCUAUGCAGAGUCCUCCAUCUCCGCAGGCUCUGCCACCUCCAGAUCUACCCGGAGAAGAUUUUGCCCCGAAUGCGUUUUCGUCUGACGAGUUGACCAAGCAAUAUUCGGCUUCUGCACCAGCAGCUUACACUCAAGUGCAUUGGUACGAUCGCAUACUGGACUCGCUUCUCGGUGAAGACGAGACUCAGGCUAAGAACCGCUUCGCUCUCAUCUGCUCCGAAUGUAGAUUGGUCAAUGGACAAGCCCCACCAGGAACCCGUUCCCUGGAAGAUGUCGGCCGAUGGAGAUGCGGCGGUUGUCAUGCAUGGAAUGGAGAGGAGAAAACCCAGGCGGAUGCCGUCUCGGAGUUGGUUCAAAGCUGGGAAGCAGAAAGAAAGGGAAAGGAGCAUAAGUCGGUUGCUAGUAACGAUGAUGCAUCCGGAAAUGAUGCCGAUUAUGUCGUGGAAGAUACUCCCCCACCGUCCAGGUCCACCAGAAGCAAAACGAAGAAGGGAGAGAAAAAAUGAGGAUUCAUGUGGGGUUGCAAUUAACCCGCUCUUCUCAUCAACGGCGAUGAGACGCCAGCUAUUAACUAGCCAUAUUUCUUACAAUAUGUACCUCACCAAACACACAGUCACAGCUUUCCUAUAGUUUGAAUCAUGCACAUCUUUCUUUCGUCGCCUACCGCUCAUCACUUGUCCACAACUUCCACUUGUAGAAUCGUUCAUACAUACCUACAUAUGUAGGUAAGACCUAGUGACUCCUUUCUCGUGAUAUGCGUGCCGGGGUAUAAUGAGCUUGAAGGCGGAAGAAGAGAUAUUUUGGUGAUUUUUGGGCCAGACACAACAAUUCAUAGGUACAAGCACUUGAGCUACGUCACCAGCAGGGAACGAGACGUUGAAGCGGAGGAAGGAAAACAUGGCAUCGGAAAGUGCGUAGGAUACUUCAAUACGCCCGAUAGCCUCCCUUUUCGUUCUAUUUCUCAGAUUGCCCAGUUUCACAAGUGGGUAUUUGCUUUACCGAGCCUGCCGUUCUUCUCCUCAAUUUCAUGUCUU